UCCGACCCCGCGCUCAAUCAGCACGCGGUUUCACAGGUGGGGGCGGGGGUAGAUGGCGGGCAUGGUGAGCCCGACCUGCUAGCGGGGGAUGGAGGCGGUGACAUCGACGAGGACGUGAUGAUCGUCGAUCGCGAGGCACGAGGCACGUCCCGGGAGCGGCGGGAGGCAUUCCCGGGACACAAGGACAUGCCAGAGUUCGAUCCAUUGACGGGGGAGAGGAUCGUGGACUGGCAGCGGCGAGGGGGCAAGGGGCAAGUGCCUCCAACGCAGGGUGACACGGGGGAGGAUUCUUCCAAGAGGAAGUACAAAGGAGCUGUUCUGGCUGGCACCCAAGCCGGAAAGAGGCUGAGACAACAGAAGGUGGAUGAGGUGUAUGGUGGCGAGUGGGUGCUUCUUCAAAAGCCUGGCAGUUCGCCGCACGCUGUGCUUCCCAGCCACAGCGAGAUUGCGAGCAUGCAGGCGGUGGAGACCCACCGUGCGGAGUUGGCCGAGGAGUUGGAGGAGGUGAGGCAGCCAUUCUGGGUGACUGGUGCCACCAUCCUCUCAGACGGGAGGAAAUCACGAAACGGGAGACCGAUCGUGAAUUUCCUCACCGCAGGCUCUCGAGGGGUCGUCAUGUACACGAAGAUUAAUCGAGAGGGGGAGCCGGACGAUGCUGAGCAUGUCCUUCUGAGAUGGGUCGUGCAACUCGUCGAGAUCACCGCCAAUGUGCGGUUCACAGAGCAUCGGCGGGCAGAAUGUGAUUACGUGCUGCCAUGGCAGCAUGACGAGGGGAUGCUGGACUGCCAGGCAGGAUUGGAGUUGGAGCCGGUGCACAUGGGCACGCGCAAGGGGAUGAUGGAGGAGGAGAUUGCCCAACAGGUUGCGCUUAUUAUGCGCGAUCCCAUUGGGGCUUCCGCACCGCCCGCCACUGAUGCAGUUUUCGCGAGACGUGCUUGCAUUUUCCGUUCGUACCCCAGGGACGACGAGUCGGAUGAGGAGCGUGCACCCGAUGGAGUAGAUGACCCUGCGCUCCCCAGCCCUCGUGAGAUUGACGAGACGCACGAGGAGGCCGAUGACGCCGAGGUGAGGACGUACACGGCGCGACGGAGUGUCUGCCGGGCAGAGAGGGAGAUGAUGUGGGGGGACGAGGAUUUUUGGGGCCCUUUCGGGGAGGUGGCUUCCACGGGUGAUGUGCGUGAUGACAGAGGUGGGGCCUCUCAUGCCGACACGAGCCGCGCAGAGGCGGGGAGACCGACUCCUACUACGAGGCAAGAGUCUCCCAUUCCACCACCUCCUGCGCCCAGUCCUGCACCACCCACCCCCGUCUUGCCUGUUCAACUAGCCAGUACAAAGUCGGAGACGGAGGAGUUGGCAUCCUCCUUGCCUCCGCACGGACUGCUCCAGAGAUUGACGGUGGUCCGACAACUCUGGUUACGAUCACCUUCCCCGGGGGUCUUGCAGGAGGAGGGGGAGGUGGCAGCAGCGAAGCAGGAGGCACCAACAGUCGGGACAGCGGAGGAGGAGGUGCCAGUACAGGCGACGACUGAGGAGGAGGUAGCGGCGGCGGCAAUGGAGAGGGAGGAGGAGGUAGCCAGGGAGGGGGACAUAGCAGCAGCAGUGGAGAGGGAGGAGGAGGUAGCGGCAGUGGCGAUAUUGGCAUCCAUUCCUAUGGAUCAUGAUGGUGCGGACGCCGAGGACAACCUCAUGCAGCUCUUCAUCGUGGAGGACCUCGAUCCAGUCGUGGGGGGUUUGACCCCGGGUGUGGCGAUGGAGCUGGGGAUUUUUCCUCCGACAGGGGGGGCGGGGUCGGAGAUGGGGACGCACUUCGACUUCGACAUGUCGAUGGGCGGUCCACCUAGUUGCAGCGGGGCGACAUCGACAGAUCGGGUGUCGUCACGGCACGACGGAGCAGGUGAGACGGGGACACAGACCCCGAGAGAGAGAACGGAGGCGGCAUCCCCGGACACGGCACGCGACAUCAUGGAGCGAGAGAGGGCUCGACUUAUGGCAUCGAGUAACCCACGUGCUCAGGCGUUCGCACAUGCCUUGGAGGAGGCGAGGCAUCGAGAGACGGGGGAGGUUGGUGUGCAGGGUGGGGUGGUGGCGAGGGAGGACGUUAUGGAGGGAGUGAGAGCAGAGGUGGACGAUGAGGCUAUGCAGGGUGGGCCAGAGGCAGUGGAUGUUCCUGUGGAGGGCGGGCCACAGGCGGUGGAUGAGGCAGUGCAUGCAGGACAGGGGCGAGACGAGGGGGCUGGAGAUGCACGGCCCGUGGUUCAGACAGUGACGGGUCCAGUCGUUCCGUUUUCCGCCCUGCACUUGGCCGAGGGCCGAUGGUCGCAGCUGGUUCAGGUGGCAGUGCAUGGCUUGCCACCGCUCGUUAUCAUGGAUUUGGGGUCCGAACCGACGCUUGAGCCUCCACGUCCUCGUACUCACUUCGCUCCCCAGGAGGUCUGUCGACCUUUAGAUGCAAAGGAGUUGGCGAGAGAUGUUGUGCGCGAUGUUACUCGUUUGGACCGGCGGAUCUUCGAACGGAGGCUCGAGCAACCACCGUGGCAGGCGAUCCCUUCGGUUCCAUGGGGUUCUGCAUCGCCCGUGUGGUCUGGGUCUACCUCCAGCGGAGGACGUACCUUGGGAGAUGUUCCAGGGGUUUCGGGGGCGUGCAGGAGCCAGCGCCACACUCCACGCAAGCGUGGAGUGCCUCCUCAUCCACGCCCCGUGGCUGCAGAGGGAGGCGGUACAUUUGGAGAGAGUUCGGGGGCAGACGGGUUGGGGAUGCCUCAUGGAUCCCGGCGUGAGAAGACAGUCGCAGAGGCUAGUGCGAAGGUUGUUUUGUUGAGAAAGGGAGGAGGCCCUGUAACUAUUAAGAAGGAUGAUCCUGAGACGGUACCGGCAGUGCGGGAGGAGGACGAGGAUUGUGAGGGCGAGGAGGAGAGUGUGGAGGAGAGCGAGAGCAGAGACGGUGGUGACGAGAACGACGACGAUGAUUAGCCCCCACCUCCACCACCGACGCGUGCAUCUACACGCUCCGCUGCACAGACUCC